AUGGUAGCAGAAGACCAAAGCCUCGAGAACAGCGGAUCCAUCCACGUGGACAAAGGAGAAAGUCGUUUCCGUAAUGUAAUAUGUGGUCCAGUCCGAUGGAUAAAGAUGCUGUCCAAAGAGCUUCACUGGAGCUUUGUCUUCGGCGUGGUCUCACUCUACGGUAUAAACCAAGGCCUCGGCGGCUCAAUGGGGCGUGUAGCAACAGAGUACUACAUGAAAGACGUUCAAAAAGUUCAGCCCUCUGAGUCUCAAGCUCUCACCGCAAUCACCAAGAUCCCAUGGAUCAUCAAACCUCUUUGGGGCAUUCUCACCGACGUUCUUCCCAUCUUUGGCUACCAUAGACGCCCUUACUUCAUUUUGGCAGGGGUCCUUGGAGUGGUCUCUAUGCUGUUCAUUUCGCUUCAUGGUAAUCUGCACCUUUAUUUUGCGCUUAUGUGGAUGACCUUAUCAAGUGCUGCGAUGGCUAUAGCUGAUGUGACUAUUGAUGCUUGUACUGCUUACAAUAGCAUCAAACAAAGUGCUCUUGCUUCAGAUAUGCAGAGCUUAUGCAGCUUAAGCUCUUCCAUUGGUGCACUUGUUGGUUACUUCAUGAGUGGUAUCUUAGUUCAUCUUGUUGGCUCCAAGGGAGUGUUUGGCUUGCUGACAUUACCGUUUGCUUUAGUAUCUGUGGUGGGGAUUGUGUUUAGUGAGUCACAUGUUCCUGGUUUCUCUUACAAACAGGUGAACCAGAGAUUUACAGACGCAGGGAGAGCAAUGUGGAGGACAAUGAAGUGCUCAGAUGUAUGGAGACCUUGUCUGUACAUGUACAUUUCACUUGCUCUUAGUUUGAACAUUCAUGAAGGUCUCUUCUAUUGGUUCACAGAUUCAAAGGAUGGUCCUAUGUUUGCUCAGGAAACAGUUGGUUUCAUUCUCUCAAUUGGUUCAGUUGGGUCUAUUCUAGGAGCGACAUUGUACCAGCUAGUCCUAAAGGACCAUCCCUUCCGUGGACUUUGUCUGUGGACUCAACUUCUCUUUGCCUUAUCAGGAAUGCUUGACCUCAUUCUUGUCCUGCGUCUCAACUUAAAGUUUGGCUUACCAGACUAUCUAUUUAUAGUAGUGGACGAGGUGGUUUCUCAGAUGAUAGGACGUUUGAAAUGGAUGCCGCUGCUUGUCCUCACUUCAAAGCUUUGUCCUCAUGGGAUUGAAGGGACUUUCUUUGCGCUGCUGAUGUCUAUUGACAAUGCAGGGAUCAUGACUUCUUCUUGGCUUGGAGGAGUGUUGUUGCAUGUCCUCAAGGUGACGAGGACUGAGUUUGGUAAUCUUUGGCUUGCGGUUUUGGUUAGGAAUGUGAUGAGGCUUUUGCCGCUGUUUGUGUUGUUUCUUGUGCCUAAGGGAGAUCAGAACACGUUCAAGCUCCCAAGUGAGAUCAUGGGGGAAGAUUCAGAAGAGGGAGAUGAGAAAGAAGAGGCUAGGAAUUUGGAGAUGGCGUCUCUUGUUCAUUCUGUUGAUAGAAGAUAGCUACUACAGUGUUUUCUUAUUGUAGACAAAAUGUGAAGCAAAUGCUUCAGUUUUUUACAGCAUUUUCUCUGAACUUUACCUGCACUGAUACAUAAGUGCAAAUUUUUCUCAGUAUACAUAACAUGUGUUGUCAUUUUUUUGAAUCUAUCUCUGUCUCUGAGUCUCCCUUUGUCUC